AUGACCGCUGCAUCACCACAUAGGCUAUCUCAGCAGACGAGCGCGUCUGUAUCACAGCCCCUUGGAGGCGGAAACGCAUUGUCACAGCUACAACCAGCCCAGGUCAGAACGCUGAGGGACGGAUUCCAGAUUUUAGAUCGAGAUUGUGAUGGCAUAGUGAAUCGCGAAGACGUCGCUGACAUGUUGAGCCAGUUGGAAACGUUAUGUCAACUGUCGCCCAGCGCCGAGCUGCUUUCGGCAUUCUCUGCUUUUGAUGACGAUGACAGUGGCCAGGUAGACUGGGCCGAGCUCAGAGACGCGCUGCUCAACACGGCGCCAGAGCCUGGCGAGCGACCUCUGGCUGCUGCUGAGGUUGAACGAGUCGUCAAUGGCUUUACCGGCCGACGAGCCUUCAAUCGCAACAUCAAUGCGCAGUUGGGUGCCAAGAAGGGUGAGGUGUUCAAGUAUAACGAGUUUGUCAAUUCCAUCAUGGGAUCUAAUGGGGCGUCGGAAGCAUCGUCGCAAGAUAACUCGGAGGAGCAAUGA